AUGGAUCCAAUCUCAGCUGAUCGCCCCGUCGUUCCUUCAUCAGAGCCGGAAAAGUGCUACAUUUGCGGCGAUCGAUUCCCGUCCGGGAUUGAGCUUGAUCGACACCUGGCCGAUCAGCACGAGGCUGAUCUUCUGCCUUAUAAGUGUGCCAUUUGUGGGCUCAAUCGAGCGCUUCCGAUUCGGUCGAUGCGUGCCAUCAAUCGACACUUUGCGCUUCAUGACGUCCUCGAGCGUCACCAUGAGUGUAGUUUCUGUACGCUGCGCUUUCGAACAGAACGCAACCUGCAAUCACACGUGCGGUUGUACCAUCGUGGUGGAACACGCAACGUGGCCACUCGAACUCGUGGUUCCGGAGGUGAACCUACACCAUCAACCCAUCAACUGCAGCCUCCAGCACCGGCACAAACCGAGCAACUGCAGUGUGAUCAUUGUGGCGCUAUCUUCACGACACGCACAGCGCUUCGAAGGCACGAAAACACACACACAUUGCGGGUGCGGUACGAGUGUGCUGAAUGUGGCAAAGAAUUUGCGAAACUGGACUGUCUGGCGCAGCAUGAACGCAUCCACAGCCAAACACGCCCGUACGCGUGCGAUCAGUGCGCUAGUGCGUUCAUUCAGCUAGCGCAUUUGCGUCUGCACAAACGCGCCCGGCAUAGUGGUGAACGGCCGCAUCGGUGCGGUAUUUGUAAUCGUGGUUUCCGGUGCCGAACGGCACUGACCGUACACGGACGCAUUCAUUCGGGUGAGAAGCCCUUCCGGUGUGCGGUUUGUGCGGUUCCGUUCGCCGAUGCAGGCACGUUGCGUAAACACGCGGCAGUGCAUCGGCCGAAAGCGCUAGUGGCCGCUAGAGGGCGCUAGCAGCGAUUGCAUUGCAACGUGGUGGAGAG